AUGGCUGGCCUUGCAGGGCUCCCAGCCCAGCCCGAAGAGAACGAGGAAUUUCAAGAGGCUUCUGGACCCAGGCAGGAGCAUCUCCCGACGCUGGAGCACUGUCUUUCAGAUAUGGAAUGUGCCGAUGUGCCUUUAUUAACUCCCAGCAGCAAAGAAAUGAUGUCUCAGGCACUGAAAGCCACCUUCAGCGGCUUCGCAAAAGAGCAGCAGCGGCUGGGAAUCCCCAAAGAUCCCCAGCAGUGGACGGAGACGCACGUGCGGGACUGGGUGAUGUGGGCGGUGAACGAGUUUAGCCUGAAGGGAGUGGAUUUCCAGAAGUUUUGCAUGAACGGAGCUGCCCUCUGCGCCCUGGGCAAGGAGUGCUUCCUGGAGUUAGCACCUGACUUUGUGGGAGAUAUCCUUUGGGAACAUCUGGAGAUCUUGCAGAAAGAAGAGGUAAAACCGUACCCAGCAAAUGGAGUGAAUACAACAUAUCCAGAAUCCCGCUAUACUUCAGACUACUUCAUUAGUUACGGCAUCGAGCAUGCACAGUGUGUGCCUCCCUCCGAGUUCUCCGAGCCCAGCUUCAUCACAGAGUCCUACCAGACCCUCCAUCCCAUCAGCUCAGAAGAGCUCCUGUCCCUCAAGUACGAGAACGACUAUCCCUCGGUCAUCCUGCGUGACCCAGUCCAGACGGAAUCCCUUCAGACAGACUACUUCACGAUCAAGCAAGAAGUAGUAACGCCAGACAACAUGUGCAUGGGACGUGCCAGUCGAGGUAAACUGGGCGGCCAGGACUCCUUUGAGAGCAUAGAGAGCUACGACAGCUGCGAUCGCCUGACGCAGUCCUGGAGCAGCCAGUCCUCCUUCCAGAGCCUGCAGCGCGUCCCCUCCUACGACAGCUUCGACUCGGAGGACUACCCCACCGCCCUGCCCAACCACAAGCCCAAGGGCACCUUCAAGGACUAUGUUCGAGAUCGGGCCGAUAUGAACAAGGACAAGCCUGUCAUUCCUACACAGGUAGGUGAGCCCCUCCGGCGGGCACUAUUCUUAGCAGCCUUCACGGGCAGUGGACCCAUCCAACUGUGGCAAUUCCUUCUGGAACUGCUCACUGACAAGUCCUGUCAGUCCUUCAUCAGCUGGACGGGCGAUGGCUGGGAAUUCAAACUUUCCGACCCAGACGAGGUGGCCAGGCGAUGGGGCAAGAGGAAAAACAAACCCAAGAUGAACUACGAGAAGCUGAGCCGCGGCUUACGCUACUACUACGACAAGAACAUCAUCCACAAGACGGCUGGGAAACGCUACGUCUACCGUUUCGUCUGCGACCUGCAGAGCCUCCUGGGCUACACGCCCGAGGAGCUCCACGCCAUGCUGGACGUCAAGCCAGACGCUGACGAGUGA